AUGAGCAAAAUCCCAAGAACUACUAACCGAAAUUUUAACGCAGAGCCAGACCCCAAAAUUCUUGAAAGAAUCAAUCUUAUGUACCAAACUUACAUCGAAACCUCCCAAAAUCCAUUAAGUCAGCUUGGACCUGAAUUCAAUGAGUUUUUCAAAUCAGAAAGAAUCAUAUCUUUUCGUAUAAAAACCCCAAAGGCUUUAAAUCAAAAAGGAGAAGCCGCUCUUCAAGAGCCAAAACUCUGGAUCUUAUGAAUGUUUAUUUUAUUUUUAGAUCAAAGAGACACUUUUAGCAAUAUUUUGAAGGUUUGUAAGGACGGAUUUGGCUUUGUUAAACAGAAAGAUGCUUUAAUUGAAGGUCUAAAUGUUCUUUUAGGUAAAUGCCCUGAAUUAGAAGUAAAACCAGAAGAUGAAGAUGAAUUUGGGAAACUUAUAGGAGACAGACCAAGUAAAGCGCCAAAAGAAAUACUUGCAGUGUCGAAAUGUGGUAAGUAUGUAUUAGUUAAGCUAGCACAAGACCAACAGAUGAGGCUUAAAUCACAGUUUGCGGUUGCGCCAAUAAAAGAUAUGGAAGUCGAUAGCUCAGUUGCAGUAUUAUCACUGACCAAAAUGCUGCAGAGGUCUAAUUAUUCAUAUCACCCAUCUCCUUAA